AUGGAAGGUGUGGAGGGAGAGAAUGGAGGCUGGGAUCGCCUGUGGUCCGCGCAGUCCGAGCGUGUUGCAGAAAUGCAGAGAAUGCUCAAGUCAGCAUGCCGUGAUGCCGCUUCCCUGACGGAGCAAGCCGAUGCGCUGAACGCAGUCGCCACCAGCAUGUGCCCAGAGGGUCAGCAGCUUCGGCCAGCAGUUCCGACACUACAACCAAAACCUCAAGCAGCCCAACCGUGUCAGCAGCCGCUACCGGCAGACGAAGGGGCUGGCAGUUAUCCUCCGGAUCCCAGUCUGCAGACGCAAACGGUACAAGGGCCAGAGUCUGAUGCGGCGCAGGAGGCAGCAUCAACGGUGCACCAUGAGGAGAUCACUAACGUUUCGAACGAGGUUUUGCGACUGCGCUUGCUGAAGAGCCAACAUGAGGAACUCAAAAGCCAGUUGUCUCGCGCUGAAGCUCAGUUGCGACGACUUUCGCCACAUGCAGUGUUUCAGCUGCGAUCGUAUUUGGAGAAGAACUUGCGGGAGCCAAGUUUGGCCGUGCAGGUUCAGGAGGCCAUCGUGAGGCUGAUGCAGUGCUUGCUUGCCAUCUUCAAAGUGGAGGUCCCAUCGCUCACGGCAGAGGCAUUGCUCAGCGGAGCUCGCAAGCUGUUCCGAGACCCUCACAGUUUCACAUCGAAGCUGUGCGGUAUGGCGGCCUUCUCUUCGGAUGAGGCAAAGAAGUUGGCACCCUUCUUGACGUCCGGCUCGCAAUUUAGGCGUGUACGAGAGAAAGAGGUUAACGAGUGCUACGAAGCUUUGCAUGGCUGGCUGUCUGCAUUCUACACCUACUCGAGCGUGUCCGAUCAGGUGGGCAUCACGGUGCAACAACUCGAGAAACAAGAGUGGCUGCUUCGUCGGUUGAACAACCAGGCCCUGGACUCGCUUCUUGUGCCAGCGGUCCCAUCCUCCAGUGCCAGUGCGAGUGGAGGAGUGCCUGCUCCGCAAGUAGCUUCGAUGUUUGCUGCAGUGUCUGCACGUACCUCGCAGCCGGUGCCAAGCCACGCCAAGCCUGUGUCGUCCGCCCGAGUCACGGCGUCUCCCCUCACUCGUUCGAGGCGUGGGUUGCAGGGAUUUCCUGCUGGACCUACAGCUUUGAGGCCCGCUCUGGGAAGAUCCCGACAAGCGACGGCAUGGUCGGAGAUCGAGGGCACGCAUAGCCGCUCCCAGUCACCAGUGCAGGGAAGUGGAAGUAGUCGGGUCUCAGCUCGGCCUCGUGCCAUCUCCUCUGUGGCCUUCGGCAGCCCAGCGAUGGUUUCAGCGCGGUCGAAGGAGGCUACAUCUCCACCGAAAGCAACCGCAGCUGCGCCACUUGGGCGUACUCGGGCGGAGACGGUCUGUGGCAUCUUCGCUGGAAGCGCUUCAGCAGAGGGUCUUGCACGUGUUCAUUCAGACAAAGCUCUGACACGAAGCCCCAGGACAGUGGGAAGGCACGAUAGCCGCUCACCAUCACCCGGAACUGGCAGAGCGUCUCCGUCUGUACCGCAGCGCCUCAGGGGUCCACCACAGACCUUUAAAGUCCGCCGCGACACGCGACCAAUUUCGCCAUCUGCUUCCGAGGGUGUUAUCUCAACUGCGCAGCGCAUGGUCAGCGCGCCCACUGAGCUUGCAUCCAGAUCCGUGGCAGUGCGAACUUCGAAGACCUCUGUCGCCUCUGCACGUGUCAGCAGCACCCGUCAUUCUGCCACAGCUCCUCCAGGACGAGGUCAGCACAGCUUGACAGCAAAGCCUGCUGCGCUACGACAAGGAUCUCCGGACAAAGGUGUUCGCCUUCUGCUUCGGGUGUGGAGCCGACUCCGAGGGCUCUCAGUGCGACUCCGAGACUCCGCCUCUCGCGGCUUCCGCGUCUUUCGCGGCGAGGCCAGAAGCAUCCGGCAGUUUCGAAGCGGUGGGCCGGAUGAUUCUGAUGGAGAGGAGCCUCGUGGUCCACACCGAAGGCAGCUUUUCUGUGCACAGAUGUCUUUAGUGUCGGCCUGUGGAUAA